UGGAAAGAUACUUUUUUGACUUUGUUGAUUUAAUAAAUAUAUAAAACUUUUAAAUCUUUGGUUUAUUGUUAUUUUAGUGUUUUAUAUUGUGUAUAACACCAUAUUACACAUACAUACAUGCCUACACACAUAUGGAUAUUUACGAAUUCAAAAUAAUACAUGAUGAAAACAGUAAUACUUAUGUAUAUUAAUGUACCCGGCAAUAGCAUAGUUCUUAUGUACAUACACUCAUACUUGUGUACAUAUUUUAAGGCCCAAAACGAAAAUGUUCUCCAUUUCCCAAUAAAGGUAAACCAAAUUAUUUGCAAUUACGAUAUCAGAAAGAAAUUACCUACUAUGCAUAUAUUAAAUUCGAAAAACAAUUUGUUAGGUUUAAAGUAUUAUUAAAUGAAAUACAAACAAUAAUAAAUAAAACGGAAAAGUAAACAUAAUUGUUUUUUUUUUUUUCAAAAAAUCACCAUAAGUACUAUGUUGGUCGACCGUAAAUUGCAAAAACAAUAUUCUCACAAUUGUUUGAAACAAAACCGUCACCCAGAAACUCCAGAGAACUUUUAUGUUGUUGUAGCAAAACUUCCUGCAGUAAUUUGGAGGAAUGCUACCGGUUUGACAGUCCUUGGCGGAAUAAAAACCUUCCGAUUCCGUUCCGGUUACUCAAAUGUUUCAAUCGGAAACCCUCAUACCUUGAAGAAUCGUUUUGCCACUGCGUAUACGUAAUGUGCUUUAGAAGUAGUACUUGAUAUUUCCUUGUUAAGAAAUGCAAAGAAAUCCUUGCUUUAACAAAUACGUAAUUUUUUUUUUAAUAAUACCACCCCGCAUCGUUUACUUUGCUUAGCAAUCACUUGAUUUUUAAUUCAGUUUUCGACUUUAAACCGAGCACAUUUCAGUUUUUGUCGUUCACAAAAUUUCAAAUUUGUCCGCUGUGUUUUUUGUUUUAUAUAUUAUCAAAAAUUCCUUUUUUCGAGCAAUUAAGCAAUCAAAAUUAAAUCGCCUUCGUGUUUUUGUGUAAUCAAACAGAGAAAAUUCGUAACUCUGGACCCGACCACUCAAUAGUUCUGCAGUUCUAAAAACUAAUCCGGAACUUCAUUCCAAUGUGCGACCCGGCUGCCAACCAAUGCCCCACCGGUAACGGUUGCGCUGGGGAUGGGAUCAUGGCUUGCGAUCAGUACUGCCCGCCCAAGUGCGAUCCUUGUCAGGCACCGGUCGAUUAUACACCGUGCCCGCCAGGGGGCGACUGCAAUUGCCGCUGCGACUGCGGCGAUUAUGCGGGCUGUUGCUAUCAACAGCCACCACGUACCCAACCCAUCCGUCCGAUGUCGUGCAUUAUGCGCUCGACCGCGCCGCUUGAAACGGAUACAAUAUACAAACGUUCGUAUUUCGCGAACUGUGGCGAUUGUUACCGCGCGAAACCGAUACGACCAUGUCCGAAUAUAUCAUCCAAUACCGGUCGCAUGGAAUCGUGUACGGUGCAGAAGUUGUCAUACCUGCCACCUUGUGGAGCCGGACGAGCGGCACCAAUUCGGCCACCGGACAAUGGAUUGCGAUUUUGUGGCCCACUCUAUGCGAUGACUUCACAGAAACAUGACUUUGUACCGAAGGGUUAUAGCAAACGCACACCUAUUCGUCCAGUAAACGGCAUAUGCAAGCCGUGUGACCCAUUGGAGCGAUGCACAAUCAACAGAUUAUCUUACAUGCCGGUGGAUGUAUGCCGGAAUCCACCACCCAAACCAAUAGUGCAGACAUAUAACAUACAACGACCCACCGGGCCCAGCGAGAAAUGUACCGUACAGAAAUUAAGUUACCUGCCGGUUUGUCCGUUGCCAAAGGAGCCGAUGCCAUGGGCGGAAAAAGUGCGAUGUGUACCGCCACGUUAUGAAAAUCUCUGCACGACGUAUAAUCUUAGCUACUUGCCAAAUUGUUGUACGGCACGUACAGCUCCCGUGAUGCCGUUGCACAGUAUAAAAACUUUGGGUAGUGAUCGCACCGACGGUUGUACAGUCUACAAACUUAGCUAUAUGCCAGUGGAUUCGCGCUGCUGUCGACCAGAACCGAUACGUCCCAUACCGGGUAUAUGUAUGCCAACGGGAUCUCUAGAAAAGUGCACUGUACACAAGCUUUCAUACCAGCCUAAUUGUUGCGUAGCACGCACUCAGCCAAUUCGGCCCAAGGAGAAUUGCCUGAAAUCGUGCGGUCCUCUCUACAAUAUGACGACACAAAAGCAUGAUUUCGUACCGAAACCCAUUUGCCGUCGGGCACCCAUACGACCACAAUCGCUCAUUUGUCGCGCAACUGGCAGCAUGGAUCGCUGCACCAUCAACAAACUCUCGUAUAUGCCUGUGAAUGUGUGUGAAUUUAGACGUCCAGAACCGAUUAGACCUCGACCGGGUGUGUGUCGCGCCGAUGGGCCUGUCGAAAACUGUACGGUUUAUAAGCUUAGUUAUUUGCCAAAUUGUCCACAACCUCGACAGCCCAUGCCAUGGGCGAAUCAAUCAUCUUAUUGCAAGCCAACGGCGCCGAUCGAGAAAUGUACAAUUCAGAAGCUCAGCUAUGGACCACCUGGUACAUUUUCACGUUGCGGAGGUUGUUGCAAUACGAACUGCGGACCCUCCGCCCCCAAAGCAGGCAUCUGCAAUUGACACCAAGCCUUUUCUAUUUUGUUAAAAUGUGCACUCAAUUUAUAGCUAUGUUUUAUUUUCUCACAUCGAAUUUUGUUGUUCGUAACCGCAUUAACUGUAACUUAUCAAAUGUAAAAUUAUUUAACAUUUUGCCAUUUCCACAUUGAUCGCUUAUAGUAAUCACUCGGUGCUACUUUUGCUUGCUGAAACCAUAAUGAUCGCUGUAUAUAGAUUCAUAUAUAUAC